CAUUAAUGAAGUCAUGCACAGAAAAUAGUCCCUUUGGCUCGAAGGCAAUAAAAGCAUGGCUACUCCACCAUAAUUGAGCAUAAGUCGACACACCGCCUGGAAACUCAACGACUUUAGGAUCAUAGGAUCAAUUAUUUACUUGGAGAGCGGCAUUGCAAUCCGUGCGACUGAACAUCAUGAAGUCUUUAGUAGAUAUGUGUUUAUUCUGUGUUGCUGGAAACCUCGGUACAAUUAACCGAGCUGGGACAUACCUCUCUCGUUUCGACAAGGAGAAAUUACUGCUUCGUUUGUGCGAUCAUGACAUGCUAUCCGCAGAGAGACUACCACAGAUUACAUACCACCUUUUCGCCUCGCACUUGCGGACAGUGACAUUCUCGUACAGUGAUCAGGUCAAUGACUCCCUGCUUGUUAAUCUUGCAGAAUGUGGCUGUGCCUUAAAAGAGGUCACUUUGAAUCACUGUUUUAGAAUAACCGAUAAAGGCCUUGCCCCCUUCCUGAAAACACAAACUGAACUGAAAUAUGUCAAGUUAAAGUCAUUAAACAUCACAGAUAAAAGCAUAAGUACCAUCAAAUCUAAAGACUUGUCCACAGUUCAUAUGAAAUGUCUGGAGCAAAUUACCAAUGCAAGUAUCGUCACAAUGGUGAAAAACUGUACAAACAUCUGUGAAAUUAAGAUAAGUAGAUGCUACAAAGUAUCAGAUGGGGCCGUCCAAGCAAUUACUGAUACACUGGAAACAAAGUUGGAAAUUUUAAACCUAAACAACCAGCGAUUAAUUACAGAUUUGAGCUUGAUGGCAUUAGGAGCCUGUCCAAAUCUUAAAGAGUUAAACAUAAAUGGAUGCAAUAUAACUACAGGGAAUGGAUUGCAAAUGGUUACUACAAGCUGCCCCAAACUAUCCUGUCUAGACAUUGGUUACUGUUACCGUGCUUGUCGCAAUGGGCCAUGCUUCAUCACAGCGGAGUUCCUACCAGCCUCACUAACUGAGCUGACCCUCCAUGGAAUCCAACUUCCUGGAGAUCUCAUCACGAAGCUGGCACAGCGGUUGUCAAAGAUCAAGAUCUUAAGACUUUGUGGGAUUCAAGCUGUCGAUGACACAGUCUUGGAAGAGGUGUGUAGCACGGCAGGCGGUACUCUCGUGGAGCUAGACCUUAGUGCUUGUAGUGCGAUCACUGAUGACGGCCUGUCAGCCAUACCUAGGCAUUGUUACGUCAUCGAGUCCCUCAUUCUCUCGUUCUGCUCAAAAGUGACUGGCAGGAGGCUCUUUCCACUGCUAGAGGACCCUAAAAGGGCUGCCGAGAUUAGAGUUAUGAUUGCUAAUGGAUGUAAAGCGUUCUCCAUAGACGUCAUUCGCAAGCUAGCGAUGUCUUGCCCGAACCUCGAGACUCUACUCCUUGCAGGCUUGAAGGAGAUGGAUGAUGAAAUGGUCUCAAUUGUUGCCCGGCAGUGCCCUAAACUUCAAGCUAUUAACCUGAAGGGCUGCGAGUUGGUGACAGACGCCGGUGUGAGCGAGCUUGCGCGGCUGUGCCCUCUUGCCCACGUGGUUGUCUCUGGUAUCCAUUCCCUCACGGACAAGUCUGUGUUCGCUCUUACGAAUGGCUGCGCGUCCACGCUCAAAGUAGUCUAUGCGUCCGCAUGCACAAAGAUGACAACACAAGCUAUAAACUACUUGAAGGACUGCUGUUUACGGCGGGUUUUCGUGGAACAUCGCACUCCAAACCUUGAGCCCGGUCAGCUGAUGGCGCUAAAUCUAGACACAGGGGAGUACUGUCGAGCAGAUCUGCUGUUUCCCCAGGCCCCUCACACCUGACCACCACAGAAAUCCCAAUGUCGCCGUUCAUGAAGUUCCAAAAGACUCAUAUAAAAUCCCCACUCUUCCACUCACCACUGGGGAAUCACUUAGUUUAUUACAAUUUUAAGAAGAUUGUUUCAAGUCGUGAGCUAUUUCACUAUUUUCUAGCCGCAGAAAGAUUUGCAUAUACGGAAAGGAAAAAUCUUUGUCACAUUACCUAAAUAAAGUAGAUAGGCACGAUA